GCACGCACUGUGACUUACGCGUGUAUUAUUUUUCAUUAGUAUUUUAUUCAAUUUAGAAAAGGUGUCGGUUAAGAGACUCGAUGUAAAAACCCUUCAUGAAGAUAGACCUGCUUCAAACAGUAAAAUGAUGGGAAGACGGAAGAGGCUCAUUCCUUUGGAAGAAGCCAUUUAUCAUGCCAGCUCACAGACUGAUAAAAAAAAAAAAAAACCUGGAGUUCAGAUUCAUCAAUUCAGACAAAGCGUUGAUACAGCACAAGAAGAUCUGUCAUUGGGAAGAUUGGUAAAUGAUGAUCACAAAAAACCCAAUUGCAAAAUGAAAAAUAUUAAUGUUGAAGGCAAACCACAUUUGUGCCUUUUCGUGCUCAGAAACAUAACAUGCGGAGAAGAAAUAACCUAUAAUUAUGGUCCUGUUAACUGGCCAUGGAGAAUUAUGGUCACGGAUGAAGCAGAAAGUCCUGUGAAUAAUUCAGUCAAUGAGCCAGUCCAACUUGAGUUUAGCGGCUGUUCAUCUGAGGUGGACCAUGCACCUGAUGCUAUACAACAGUCUACCUCAACUGCAACACAGGUUGUGGAUGAAGCAGAAAGUCCUGUGAAUAAUUCAGAGCCAGUCCAACCUGAGUUUAGCGGCUGUUCAUCUGAGGUGGACCAUGCACCUGAUGCUAUACACCAGUCUACCUCAACUGCAACACAGCUAUCAGAUGAAUCUUUGGAUGUGUUAUCAGAUUAUUCUCAGUUCGAUUCAGACAGUGAUCAAGACUAUGUUCCUGACAGUAGCACGUCAGACAGCACUAUCAAAAGUAAAGAGUUGAUGACUGAACCAAAAAAGAAGAAAGCAUGUGCAAAGCAAAACGCACCAACCUCAGAAACGGCAAAACACUGAGCAGACAUCUAGAGGCAUCUUUUCCCCUUCUGUAAGCAACUGUGCAACCAAUCAAAAUGAACGUGAAUUAUCUUCUGUUACCAUAAAGCCCCAUGAAGAUCACAAAGGGAAAUUAAGAUUGUACAACAAGACGCAAUACUGCCUUUUUUGUGAGAGACAUUUUUCCAAAAUAGCCAGGCACCUUGCAUAUGUUCACGGUAAUGAAAGUGAAGUAAUAAAGGCACUGAGCUUUCCAAAGAACUCAAAAGAAAGGAGGAUACAACUAGAUCAUCUUAGAAACAGAGGAAACUUUGCACACAAUGCAGAAGUGAUACGGAAUGGAACAGGAGAGAUGGUUGCAUGUAAACGACCAAGAAAAACUGGAAAACCUCAGGAAUUCACCUGCUGCAUAUAUUGCCAAGGUCUGUAUUCAAGAAAGUCUUUGUGGGCACACAUGCGAUGCUGUAAACUAAAACCAAAAUGUGAUGAUCAAAAAAGUUGGUAAAAAACGAGUCCAAUCUCUAUGUGCUUUUGCCUGUCCUGUGCCAUUUGAAGUCAGCCAGGGUUUGUGGAGACUGGUGUGUGAUAUGACACAUGAUGAGAUUUCGUCACUAGUGAAAAGUGACAGAUGCAUCAUCCUAUUGGGAGAGCAUAUGUACAAUAAAGUGGGAUCUGAUGUAGGGAAACAUGAUUAUAUCCGACAAAAACUCUGAGAGGUGGGUCGCCUGCUGAUAGAAGCCAGAAAAAAAAACACCUCUACUAAAAAUGGAAGAUUUUGUCAUUCCUUCUAAUUUCCCCCAUGUUGUAACUUCAGUGAAAGCUGCAGCUGGCUACAAUGAAGAGAGCCAUACUUUCAGAAUUCCCUCAUUGGCACUGAAGUUAGGUCACAGUUUACAGAAAAUCAGUAACAUUGUGGAAUGCAAAUCCAUGAUUGACGGAAAUGAUUCAAUGGCAGAAUCUGCGCGCAAUUUUAAACGAAUAUAUGAAACUAGUUGGAAUGAAACUAUGUCUUCUGCUGCUUUGACCACUCUACGAGAAGCUAAGUGGAACAUGCCUCAACUGCUGCCUUUCACGGCAGAUGUAAAAACCUUACAUGCUUAUCCCGAAAUUAAACAAAAUGAAUACCAGAGUGCAUUGCAUUCAGAGUCGUCUAUAAAAACCUUUGCAAACCUUACAAAGGUCACUCUUUCACAGGUAAUCCUGUUUAACAGAAGAAGAGAAGGUGAAGUAGCAAAGAUGCCUCUAGAUGCCUUUACUCGCAGAGACAUGUCUGGCCUUCAUGAAGAUGUUGCAAUUUCCCUGUCCGAGCUUGAAAAGAAAUUGUGCCAGCACUUUACAAGGCUAGAGAUUAGAGGGAAACGGGGCAGAAAGGUGCCAGUCCUGUUGACACCUACUAUGGUUGCAGCAAUGAACCUUCUGACUGCCAAGUUGCAGAUGAAAACGGUUACAUGUUUGCAAGGCCUGGAGCUUCAUCUUACUAUCGAGGAUCAGACUCAAUGAGUGUGGAGCCAAAAAUCCUGCCACCCUGUCGUCAACAAAACUUCGAAAACACAUUGCUACAUUGUCCAAAGUUCUUAACUUGCGUGAAACGGAGUUAGACCAACUGGCAGACUUUCUUGGCCAUGAUAUUAGAGUGCAUCGACAGUACUAUCGCCUGCCAGAAGGCACCUUGCAGCUGGCUAAGGUCAGUAAGAUCUUAAUGGCUAUGGAGACAGGAAGGUUGUCGGAGUUCUAAGGCAUGAAACUGGACGACAUUGAAAUUGAUCCACAAGGUAUAGUUAGGGUUCAAUGGGGUUGA